GCUUUCGUCGCUUGAAACGUGAAACAUACGACAACCGAAAACGAAAUUAAAAUUGCAACUUUUUAUGUUACGUCAGUCAGUCAGUUGUUUGUCGCUGUCACAGUCACGGCAUAGUCACAGCACAUUUGACGUCGCAGUUGCAGUCGCAGUCGUCGUCAUCAUCGCUUGCGUCGCUGUCGCAGCGGACAAUUUUUGGCGCCGUUUUCCGAGCGACACUGGCUUAAAAAAUAAGAGCGCGCUUUAAAUUUCUUACGGAAACGCUUUUUCAAAUCUCCCUCGCGGUGUUCGCAAACUGCCAGAGUACAGGCAGCAACAGCAAACAUAACAACAAGCCGUGGAACGAAUAUGACCACCUCAACGCCCAGCAGCAGCAACAGCACCACCAAUAGCAACAAAACUAACAACACCUGCAGUAGCGGCGGUAACAACAACAGCAACAACAACAACAUCAUCAACAGCAACAACAACGAUAACAACAAUCGACAAAGCAUCAACAACGGCGACGGCGGAGGCAACGAGCGAGCAACAUCAGUAGCAACUUUUUACAACGGCAGCAGUCCGAGUGCAACAACUGCAACCAUAGGAUCAACAAAUCGUGUCAUGCAAGCGGACGAGGAUUUCAACAUUCGAUUCGUUAAUUUGGUGCGCACGCAUCGCUGUCUCUACGACAAGAAAGUGCCCGAGUAUCGCAACAGAGACAACCAGGAGAAGGCCUGGGCGCUUAUCUCGAAGGAAACCCGAGAGAGUGUUAUUCACUGCAAGGAGAGAUGGAGGAACCUUCGUGCCUGCCUCUCGCGCUACAUCAAGCAACAGAGUGGAUCCGAGCCACAGCACAAACCUUACUACCUUACUGAGCAUAUGGCGUUUUUGUUACCAUUUCUUAAGUCUACGCGGAACUCUCUUGAGGGCAACUCGAGUUUGGCCACGCUCUUCCAGUUCUCCCAGCAGCAUUUGCAACUCCAUCAGCAGCAGCAUCAGCAGGAGCAUUUGUAUUGCAACAACAACAACACUAGCAUCAAUAACAACAACAACAUCAACAACCAUGUUAUGAACGAUUCUAUGGAGAUGAAGCAGUCUCUUUCGGACAACGACGACGAGGAGACGAUUGAUGCUUUUGAUCCCGCCAUAGCUGCCACCCUGGGCAUGCACUGCACCACUUCGACGACAGGCGACAAUGCGAUGACUGUUCCUGGUUCGCCAGCACACAGUGAUACGGCCAGUGCUAAUAGUCUGCAGAAUUUCAUACCUGAUGUGCAGCUAGCUGAGACCGGACCAGAUUUAAUAUACAACGAUACUUCAUCGACGCCACUGCAUCAUCAACAUCAACCGCCGCAUUCCCACCAUGCGAUGGCCAGUCACCUGCAACAGCAACAACAACAUCCACACUUUGAGCCAAGCAGCGCAAAGCGAAUCAAGACGGAAUGCGAUGUGACCACUUCGGGUAGUGGAGCUGCCUUCUUUGGGGGCCUCAGCGUCACAGAGCACACGGACAUGGAGUUCUUUCGAAGCAUUCUGCCAGAUAUUGCAGCAUUAACGCCGCAACAGCGGCGCAAAUUCAAGAUUGGCAUUCUCGAGCUGAUUGACGAUGUUGUCGAACGCUAUCCGUCCCAUGAACGUUACAAUAGCACUCUGCUGAAUGGCAGCGGAGGGAACAGUAGCACAGGUGGUGGUAGCGGUGGGGCGAAUGGUGCAGCUGUGGGAGCCACUGGCAGCACUCCAACUAGGCAACAGCGUUGUAGUUCUGGACGAGAUUGGCGCAAGUAAACGAUAAUUUGAUGAAAGGUUGAUGCCCAGAGUUGGGAACAGCUUGGAAAGCCAAAGAUGUUAGGAAAACUAAUGAAUAUUCAGAUGUAUAUACAUAACUUAUUGAUUUGUUUCCAUGUACAUAAAUUGCUUAAAUAAUGCUUGUCAAAGAUGUUUAAUCAACAAAAAGCUCUCCAAAGAUAGCCAGCCGUUCAACUCUUGGAACAACCAUUGGAAACUGCCCAAGUGUUGUGUGCUCAAUGUGUUACGUGUACUUCUAGCCAUUAAGUUGCUGAUGCAGCAGCAACUUAUUCCUUUCGUCCAUAAGGGAAGCUUUGUAAAUAUUAAUAUUGAUGUUACGUUAGACUAAGAAAUAUAUAGAUUGAUGUACAAAAAUCGUUACAGAUUACACUAAAGAUAAUUAAAAUCUUGCGAGGUUCCUAUACUCGCGAAACAGUCGUGUCAAAUAAACAAUUGGAUGUA